AUGGGAAAACUGUCACAAGAAUCCAAGGCCGACCUGUACGAGCCCGAUCCCAAUUGGACGGCGUUCGCCGAAAAGAACGGGUACCUCAGUCCGGACGCAUCAAGCAAUGACUCCUUCGUUCUGAACGUCGAAGGCGACCGCGCAGCGGCGGCGGUGAGUGAAGCCGAAUUCUCCAAAGCGCGUCCGUUGUCGUCUUUUGGCUACAGCUGGAUCCUGUCCAACGUCACCGUCCGCGACGGAGCGUCCAUCAGCGUCAAGAUAUCCUAUCCUACCUCGGUCUCUCAGGAGGGCGCAACACCCACCAAGCUCCCCGUCCUCUUUGUUACUCACGGCGGCGGCUGGGUUCAAGGCACCCAUGUCUCUGCAGAGUCAUCGACCCUAUGGCCCCUCUACGAUCACUUCAAGCUUCUCAUCGUGAGCGUCGAAUACCGGCUCGCGCCCGAGCACUCCUUCCCCGUCUGGAUGGACGACAGCUGGGACGUGCUAGAGCAGCUACUCUCCCACCCGGCGACGUUCCUCUCUUCAGCAGCAGCAGCAGCCGCCGCCGCUGGAUCUGGAGAUACAGCCGCGGCCCUGAAGAACGUGCAGCCCGACCUCGACAGAGUCAUUCUGGUAGGGUCCUCGGCCGGCGGCGGCACGUCCGCUUAUCUCUCGCAAGCGUGUCGGGACCGCGGCCUCCCAAUCUACGGCGUCGUCCUCAACUACCCUCUUGUGUGCGACUACCGUCACCUGCCCGACGAUUGCCGACUGAGUUACGAACAAGGCACCACCAACGCGGCACUGUCGUCCGGUGAGAUGCGCGCGUUGUGGCACCUGUUGAUCCCGUCGGCGACGGCCGGCACUGAUCUCAAAGCGAGUCCGUUGUUGGGCAACCUCAAAGGUCUCGGGAAACACUUGGUCUUCGUUGCUGGCCACGAUCCGCUGCGGGACGAAGCGCUGAAGUAUGCUGAGAUUCUGGAGCGAGAAGGAUGCGACGUCCAGCUUUUCAUUUACCCUGGUGUGCCUCACGGAUUCACUGACGCAUGGGAAUUGGAUGCCUCAAAGAGAUUCGCUGAAGACUUUAGACGAGGGUUGAGCGGAUGGCUUGGACACGAUAAAGUACCGGGUAGCCAGUGA